UGGGCCAAGAGCUCUGGAUAGAGAGCAAGCAACACCGGAUAGCGCCCGUGGAUGGCCUUUUGGACGGCUGAUGUGACGCGAGGUUAUGCCUAGAGGCAAUCGUUUGGCAAAUAGAGAGAGAGACGACCGGACCCUCACCAGCUCGGAACCCAACUCUUGACCAUGUCGUUCUUGUUUGGGAGAGGCAGAUCGCGGGCUGCUGCCGAUCUACCCAGGCAAGCUCGUGAUCACAUUAUGAAGCUCGAAAGCCCUAACGGGAUCUCCAAGGCUGAAGAGCUUGCUCGCGUGCUCAAUCAAAUGAAGGUCGUUCUCCAAGGCACUCAAGAAACUGAGAGCUCACCCGAGCAGAUCUAUCAGCUCGUCACGGCUCUGAUAGACGAAGACCUGCUCCACCUGCUAGCUACCAACCUCUAUCGCCUACCUUUUGAGUCGCGAAAGGAUACCCAAGUGAUCUUCUCUUAUGUAUUCCGCUUCCGGCCCGCGGCAGCGGCUCCAAAGAGCGACCCCAUCGCCCUGUCAUAUGUGGUGUGUAACAGGCCACAAGUCCUAGUUGAGCUCUGUCGCGCCUAUGACCACAAAGAAAGUGCCACUCCUGCGGGAUCCGUUCUUCGAGAGCUCCUCAAAAAUGAAGCCGCCGCUGCCAUAAUCCUCUAUGACGACGGUGAUGAACCUGGAUCUAGUUGUAAAGGCCUCAAUGCUAUUGAUCGCAACCGGCCCCAGAGCGGUCGCGGAGUCUUUUGGAAGUUCUUCGACUGGAUCAACAAGAGCUCCUUUGAGGUUGCUGCGGACGCGUUUACGACCUUCCGGGAACUCUUGACACGGCAUAAAGACCUGAUCCCGAAAUAUCUAUCAACCAACUUUGAACUGUUUUUUGACAAGUACAACAACACCCUGGUCCAGUCAAACAGUUAUGUCACCAAACGACAGUCCAUCAAACUCCUUGGUGAACUGCUCCUGGACCGCUCCAAUUAUAGUGUCAUGACGGCCUAUGUCGAUAGUGGCGAGCACUUGAAAAUAUGCAUGAACCUUCUUCGAGACGAUAGGAAAAUGGUCCAGUAUGAAGGGUUCCACGUGUUCAAGGUUUUCGUUGCGAACCCGCAUAAAUCCAUCGCCGUCCAGAAAAUUCUUCUUAUGAAUCGCGAGAAGCUCUUGGUUUUUCUAGCACACUUUCUCGAGGACCGGACUGAUGACGAACAAUUCAUUGAUGAACGAGAAUUUUUGAUUAAGCAAAUCCGUAAUAUGCCAUCGACUCCAGUGGUCUCUCAACGAUCUGUUAGCGCAUCAUAAUGUAUCUCGAUUAUUAGAGAGGGGGAAGAGGAGGAGGGGGCAUAGUUUAGAACUGAUAUUAAUGAGCGUCUUGCUAUCCCUCCUUUCAUUC